AAAAAUCGCUCAACUACUGAUUUCACGUUUUAUAGAAGCUAAUUUAAUCGUUGAGAACAUAUGGCAAGAGUACUGAUUCUUCAUAGAAUUAUUGCAAAUGUUGAACAGUAAGAGUGUCGAAGUAAUUUUUUUUUUUUUGCAGAAAUAAAUUGUAACUUUUUGGAUGUUUUGCUAACAAAAUGACUACCGUAUAUAAUCGACUAUAAAUCGGUUUUUUUGGGAGUUAAAUUUUAGGCAAAAACUCUAUGUCAAACUUAUAGGUGAGUCAUAAAAAGAUUGGUAUUUUUCUGAAGAGGGCCAUGUAGUCAUUUGUAAGCAUAUCCAACGAUUAUCGUUGAACAAAGUCUGGAUAUAUUAUAUCAUUAAUGUGUCCUAAGGUUAUGAAUAAACAAAUGCUACGGUACAAGUAUUUGCAUAUUUUAAAACUUUUUUUUAUCUUAAGUGUGCAUUUCUUAUUUUUAAUGGGUCGGCAGGGGAUGCUCACUCCUCCAUGGCACCUGAUCCCACCUCUGAUGAUUUGGAAGUUGGUAUUUUAUACUGUUCGUUACCUCUAUAUCCUUCAUGAUUUAAAAUUACAUAUGAGCAUCAUUUCUUAAAAUGUUAAAUGAAAUAAUAUUUUCCUAAGUUUCGAAAAAUAUAUAAAGUUCUAUGGCACGAAAAGAUGAAAACGGUAUUUUUUAUUUAGUGGAUCUAUGUAUCGUAUGUUGAGAGAUGAGGUCAACAAAAUCAUCUUUUUCUCACUUUUACAAAAAAAAAAAACAAACAUUAUACACAUAUUUCCGAGCUAGUUUAAUUUUCUUUGUUUUUGAGAUUUGAAGAGUCUGACAAUCUGUAAAAUUGUAAUCAAUACCAUGCUUGACCUCUUUUACCACUAAUAUACAUGUAAAUCCCUACAAACAUUUUUUUCCUCAAAUCACGAAAAUUUAACUCCACAAAAAUAAGUGAUUUUACAGUAUUUGAAGAAUUUUUGUAUUAUCUUUCGAUAAAAGGAGUCAUGUCCGUGAUGAGUGUAAUAAAUGUAUUUCACUUAAGAAUUAUUUAGAAUAAAUGUCAAUGAGAAAAGUGUGUUACAUAGCUACGAUCAUUGUGUGUAUAUGUGAAGCGCAUUUUUCCCCUUUCAAGACUUCCUUUUCAAUUAAGAUAAACAGCUUGAAUUCAUGAUUAAAUGAAUUUAUUUAUGUUAUUAUAUUUACAACUACUGAAUGUUGAAAAUCCCUUUCCAUAAUCAUCCAUUUAGGUUCAACUAGCAAGAACAUUUUUCACUGCCAAGGCCACUUUUAUGAACCGCUUCAUAAGCAGUCUGCUUUUUCAUCAGCAUGGUAUACCAUGACGUACAUAUCAAGAAAACAGGACUAGAUUACGAUACUUAUUGUUUUUAUUGAAUUGGCUAUCUGCAAUCAUAAUGCAUGUAAACCUUGCACGAUGAAAAUAUACGGCAAUUCAAACGAGUACGGACUUGCUACGUGUAGCGUUUCACUUUGCUCGCAACGGGUUCCUGCUCUGUGUUUGAAAGCUGUACUUGACGAUCCAGGAAUUCUGAAGAAUAAUAUCAACUACUUUGAAGAGCUUACUAAGAAAAAUGAAAACACGUUAAAAGUUCUGGAAAUUCCAAAUGACUGUUCAAAUACAUGCAAGAGGGAUACUUUAGAAGGACGUAGUAGUAAAUAUACGGAAGCAGACAGAAUGAACCAUUUACUUUGCCCUUCAUACGGAGAAAGAUUAAAUUGCAGUUAUUGUCAAACAAAGGCUGUUAUAAAGUUCUCUCAGUGUUCCCAUGGUUGGUGUUUACGGUGUCUUAAAUUCUUGGUUAGAACUGAAAAAGAUGAUAAAUUGCAUUGUAAUAAGUGUUUAUCAUGUGGAAGCCUUGGGAAUGCAAAACGAUUUAUCAGAAACUGUGAAAAUGAUGGGUUAUUAGUUCCAUCGUAUUUAAAACCAGUAAGUGGAUCUACACCUUGUGUCCUUUGCAAAAAGACGGAGGCAAUCCUGGAGGAAAUUGACUGUGGACACAGGUUUUGUGAUUCCUGUUUAUCCCUCUGCAUAACACUUCAAUUGAUGAUUCUAAAAUGUCCAGUUUUAGGAUGCCAGUGUAUAGAAAAUUAUAAAGGAAAUAGAGAAGAGGAUGAACGCAGCUCUAUGAUUGAAAAAUUAAAGUGUGCUUGCUGUUUAAGAAAAGAGGCGGUGAAAGAAAUGAAAUGUGGCCAUGCCUCGUGCAAGGAUUGUGCUCAGCGUAUUUUUCCAUGCCAAAUUAUAAAGUGCGACAGCUUUAUUGAUAGUUCAUCCUCAGAAUUCUUGGCAAAGCGCUUAUACACAGAAAAGGAUACUUUAUUUAUCAGUCAACAAAUGAAACCAAGGAGUGACUGUUGUGUAUGUUCAGGGGACCAGAUAGGAAGCAAGAUUGAACAGGUUUGGCAGAUACGAAGAUGCAAUCAUACAAUUUGCAAAAGUUGCUUUACGAAACUGCUAGAAAAAAGCAAGGGGACCGGGAUAGCUACUUGCCCCUCAAGAGACUGUGUGGAACUUUUCUUUACACCCAAAACAACCCUUCCUAAUGAUUUGGAUAAUAAAUUACAGAUGGAAGAAAAACAUAUAGGGUCUAAGGCUUCCAAAGAAAACCAGCAAUCUGCAGUUAUUCUAUAUAAAAGAGAAGCGAGUUCCAAUGGUGUGCGGGAAUAUGGAAGAAAGGUUAUGACCUAUUCAUUCCAAUGCUCAAAGGUUGAGGAACAGAGUGUCAAACAAAAUGGAUUACCAAAUCUAGGUUUAACUUGCUACAAAAACAGCGUGUUUCAGGUUCUAGCAGAGACUCCAAGUUUCUUCACGAAAAUCAGAGACAUGAAUAAACAAAGGGAGGAAAAUUGGACAUUUACUCUUUGUGAAAUUCUUUGGCGAGUGCUAACUGAGAGCUCAUCGAAAACUGACAUCGAAGAUUGGCUUAUUCGAUUUCAAGCUGAAUUUGCAAGCAUUGACACUUUAUUUUUGGAGUAUGCACAGCAUGAUAGUCUUUCAUUCCUCACAAGUGUGCUGAGUGGAAUUGCAGAGGAAGCUCAGAAGGAAAAGAAAGAAGGAAGUGUGAUUGAUCCAACUGGCAUUUUUAGAGGUGAACUACACGACCAAUACACCUGCUGCAAAUGCAAAAAGAAGGAGUAUCACGGUGAAAGCAGUUUUUUCUCACUGCCAUUACCCACCGUGGAAAACAAUGAUCCAAAAAUAGGCGAAUGUUUGUAUCAGUUUCUAGCAAGUGAAACACUGACCGAUAUAUUCCCUUGUUCAUUUUGUAAACAUCAUACUGUACGAAAAGAGAUACAGAUAAAAAAGUAUCCAGAUGUCUUAGUUUUGCAGCUUGGAAUGAUAUCCGAGAACAGGGAGCGCUUUGAAAGGGUUCAUAGAAAUCCAAAGUUUUGGGAGAAUUUUGCAGGGCUUUCAAAUUCUAUUCAUCUCUCCAAAGUAAAAAAGCCAGAGUUUUUAAAAUACAAAUUAUACGGUGUAAUUGUCCAUAUUGGAGGAUUAACAGGUGGUCAUUACUACGCCUAUGUCAAGAAAAUACAGAGUGGAAAGUGGGAAUGUCGGGAUGACAGUUAUGUUCGAAAAGUGGGAUUGACGGAAGUUCUUCAAAGUGAUGCUUAUAUUCUGUUUUAUCAUAAAAUAAAGCCUCAUAAGUGAUAUUUAUGUAAGGCGAUGUCAUAAUCUGCAAUAAUGUAAAAACUAAUACAAACGACAAAAGUGCUCCAGUGCAAUUAAUAUAUAUUACAUUUCAUUACCCCUCUCUCUCUCUCUCUCUCUCUCUCUCUCUCUCUCUCUCUCUGUAUACAAUGUAAGUAUAUAUGCGUGUAUACACAAGGAAAGUGGCUCGCAUGAUUUUAUUGCGUUUUGCUUUUUGCAUGAAAUUCAUCUGAAAAUCAAAUUAAAUCAUGUGAUAAGUUCCACAUGUAAACUUCAUAAAAUUCAAAGUAACUUUUUGUAUAAUCAUUCAUUUCUUGUAUCUGGAUUAACUGACAAAGUAAGGAAAGAGGAGAUAUAGAAUUCAUGGAAUUAUCCAAGUAAAAUUCAUUGUGAAGAAGCAAAAAUCCUGUUUACAAGGAAGAAUUCGAAAGAUAAAAUUAAUGGAUUGAGUUUUGGGACACUCAAAAAUAAUAAAAAAAAACUUGAUAAUUAUUUCUAGGGUACAAAAAUAUGUCUGUCUUUGCAUGAUAUUGAUAGGAAACCUGAGUUCUUUUUUCACAUGAAUUUCCUGCGAAUUUUUAUAGCAUAAUAUUCAUGCGAUUUUCAUGUAAAAAUUGCAUGACAUUUUCAUGCAAAUAGCAUGUGAUUUGUUUUCAUCUCCUCAUGCGAAGAAUUUGCAUGAUAUUCGUGCGAAUUUCGUAUGAAAUUCCUGCGAGCUACUUUUCCCUGUGUAUGCUUGUGUGCACACGUGCGUUCGUAGUGUAUGAUAUGUAUCUUUGUGUUCAAUUCAUAGUCAUCUUUAAUUCACUAAGAUCGGUUUCAAAUCACAUGUCAAAGGCAAAGUUGGAAUUUUUUUUUGUUUGUUAUAAAAAAAA